CACUAUAGUAGAAGGAGUAAAUUGACCAUGGGCAAUUAGUGCAUUACGACUAAGCCUACCUUAAAGUUCGUAUUACUAUACCCAUACUGGCGCUAUAAGGACUUGAGUGUUGGGGUCAAGUACAAAAUGACAGGCGUGAGACGAUGUUUUUGAAAGCAUGACUGGCAAUUUUGUAUGAAGCCUGAAGAAAGAUAAGCACCGGUGAUGUCCCUCUCUGUUAUUGUAAUGGGAACGCCAGCUGCAGAAUUGCUGCGUAGAUGAUUUCGUCGUUCUACUUGCACUUAAGCUGACGUUUACAAGUGUCAGACAUUUCAGACAUGCCACUGUUGGCUUGCGUUGAGGGACGACGAAAAAAAGAGACAAUGAGAUAAAAGCUUGAGUCAGUAUCUGUGUGACGGUGAACAGACAUCACGUGUUGGGCAAGCAGGAAAUAAAGGCAGUAAGGCACCGUGGGUAUGUAACAGUCGCAGGCGACGCAGUACAAUAUUCGCCCACUGAGCAAAGUAGAAGUCGGAAUCGUUGAUCAUAAUGAUUCUAAAAGCUGUAUUCGUUUUAAUUCUGAUCGUGAAAGUGUACUGUGCUAGUCCUCCAAGUUUUAGUGAUAGUUACUCAGUGAGAGGGACAUUAUAUAUACCGUAUGCCGAAAUUGAAGAACCUUUUUAUGCAUGGUUCGACCUGAAGCUGGGGGCCAGUCGAAUUGAUUAUUAUGGAGAUAUGGUGAAAACUUUUCAACUGAGUAAAUCUUCAAAAUAUGGGACAAGCAUAAAGGUAGCUCCUGUAUCUACUGACACUCAGUUAAACAAGCAGACAUGCCUCCAAGUAAAUGGGACUGACAAGUUUAAAAUUGAACCACAAGCUGUGCUACCAGAUCUUUCAGAUUUUCAGCUUAUUGGCAAAGAAGUUGUAAAUGGAGUGUCCUGUGAGAAGUGGCGAUUUGUUGAUAAAAUUGGAGCCAAAGUGAACAAAUACACAAUGUGGAUCUACUACAAGGGGGCAGCACAAAAACCACCUCAAAAUAUGGUUGCUAUUCCAGUCCGUUAUGAGAUGAAAGGCUACAAUUCUCUUCUUGGUUCUCAUUAUGAUCAUUACUAUCUGGAAUAUGAUGAAUAUUCAGCUUCCCCACCAAAUCCGAAUGUGUUCCAGAUACCAGCAAACAUGACGUGCACAUCAUUCCCGGGACCUGGAAGUAAACACAUAUACACUUUCAAUCCAAUGAAAGAAUUUGUCCAUAAUUAUGACAAACAUGUAGACAAAGCAUUUGAAGAGUUCAAACACAUCCACAAGAAGAGCUAUGUUAGUGACAUAGAACAUUCUCAGAGGAAAGAAUUGUUCAGGCAGAAUAUGAGGUUCAUUCAUUCAAAAAACCGUGCAAAUGUGGGUUAUACACUGGCAGUCAACCACCUAGCCGAUAGAACUGACUUGGAACUGCAAGCACUCCGUGGUCGCAAAUACACACCAGGCUAUAAUGGUGGUCAGCCCUUCCCUUACAAUGUAUCUGUUGAACUGAAGAAUGGACUUCCUAGUACAUUUGACUGGCGCCUGUAUGGAGCAGUCACUCCUGUUAAAGAUCAGUCUGUCUGUGGUUCUUGCUGGAGCUUUGGCACAACAGGUGCAAUUGAAGGAGCAUUCUUUGUUACCCAUGGGUAUCAAGUUCGCCUUUCACAACAGGCACUGAUAGACUGUAGCUGGGGUUAUGGCAACAAUGGCUGUGAUGGUGGUGAAGAUUUCCGCUCCUACCAAUGGAUGAUGAAACACGGUGGACUUCCUACAGAAGAUGAAUAUGGACCAUAUCUAGGCCAGGAUGGAUACUGUCAUGUGGAUAAUAUAACUCUCACUGCCAAGAUUACAGGCUAUGUAAAUGUUACCCCAGAUGAUGCAAAUGCAUUGAAAGUUGCCUUACUAAAACAUGGGCCAAUAUCUGUUGGUAUAGAUGCGUCCCAUAAGUCAUUCACAUUUUACUCUAACGGAGUAUAUUUUGAACCAAAAUGUGGUAACACUCCAGAUGAACUUGACCAUGCUGUUCUAUUGGUUGGUUAUGGAGCACUUGGUGACAAAAAGUACUGGCUUGUUAAAAACUCGUGGUCAACAUAUUGGGGAAAUGAUGGUUAUAUUUUGAUGUCUCCCAAAGAGAACAACUGUGGUGUUAUGACUGCACCAACAUAUGUCACAAUGUAAUCUAGUGUCAUGCUUAAUAAGAAAAAAAGUCGAUAUUUGAUGAUUUGUUCAAGCAGACACUUAAGCAGUAGACACACUUUAGAGCAAAGAGUGAUUCAUUAUAAUGUGCAUUAUUUCUGUUGGAUAUUAAUCACAUGGUUCUUUAAUGUGAAUCUGAAAGGUGGAGACUAUUAAAACUGUUCUACAGACUUUUAUAUAAAAGAGCCGGCAAUCGCAUGUAAUAUAACUAGCUUAACAUUAAAAAGCUACGCAAAUUUGAGUUCCUAAAAGGUGGACAUUUCAAAUUGCCAGUGUCUGAGAAAUGUUAACAUAAUAUUUUGUACUUAGUCUUUCGUGGCUGCUGGCAUAUACAGAUCUGUGAUACAAGAAAAGGGAACUGUGAUUUUUUGAUAUUUUUUAACUGUUUUUUUAAUUUUUCUCAGCCUUUCAGAAGGUUGCUGAACUAUUGUGUUUAUUAUUAUGCAGACACUGUACUUAACAUGCUUGGAUUCAGUCAAUUAGGAUUCUGUCACUUUUUCUACCAGAUAAUUUUUUUUUCUUUUUUACAAUUACCUUUUCUCUGACAUUGUAUGCUAGCUUCUGAAGCAGUGUGAUAUUUAAACCACGUGAACCCUUAUUUUUGUGUGUAUUAACGAAUUUCAUUGAGUAGGAAAUUUUCGUGUAAAUUGGUGUGAAAAUUGUGAAGCUUUGUGUCAUUGUGCAUCCUGUUAUUCAGAUUUUUUGUAU